AUGGAGCGUUUUACGGUUGCCAUUUCAACUCAACUGAAGGUGAAAGCUUCUGCCCAACGAGCUUGGGUUCGAUUGCACGAAUUUGAAAAUUUGCACAACGUGUUUUCCUCGGUUCACUCUGCGGAGUCAGUCGGUAGUCCAUGGGUGGUGGGAAGCAAGAUCAAGGUCACCCGAAAACUUCCCACAGGACACUGCUUCUUGGCGACCUAUAACAUUGUGAAGCACGAUGAGGAGAAUAUGGAGUUUCAGUUUUACUCAGAAGACAUUGCUUCUCCGGGAGCUGCCACUGUAUCCACUAGUUGGAAGGUCGAGUCACUAGGAGGAGAGGAUAGCUGCAUGGUUACAAUCUCGAUCGCCGUUGCUCCGCGAAAGAUGUUUGUCUCUGCUGGGCGAUUGAUCUUUGCUCCUCUUCUCAGAAGAAUGGUGAACAAAACCAUCAAUCAAGACUUGAAGGAUUUGGCUGCUUCGUUUGAAACCGAAAAAGAGCUCCAGAAGGCGCUUCUACAACAUACCACCAUUGCGUCCCGACCGGUCAGUCUUGCCAAUGCUCGAAAGUUCAAAGAGCCGAAAGAAGCGAUGAUGUUCCCAGUAAUAGUGGUACUACACUAA